AAAAGACCCUCUCUAUCGUCGCAAAGCUCCUCGCAGUCUGUGGUCGAUUUCUGGAUUAUCUCGACCGCUGAGACCCCGUUGAGCCCAUUAUGGCCCCCACUAAUGGCCCUCGCCAUGGCAAGCACUCGAAACAGCCCCAACGCGGCGCCAAUCUGAAGCGCAAGCGCAACCAAGACGACCUGGCCACCCUCGUGAAGAAGGUGGAAGAGCUUGAUGUCAAAGAAUCCGUGAAAUCGUUCUCCGAUCUGCCUUUUUCCGAACCCACCGCUUCCGGACUGGCCGCAUCCCACUUCAAGACGCUGACCGAUAUCCAAUCUCGUGCAAUCACCCACGCGCUCAAGGGCCGGGAUAUUCUGGGCGCCGCGAAGACGGGCAGCGGCAAGACGCUCGCUUUCCUGCUCCCGAUCCUCGAAAACCUGUACCGCAAGCAAUGGUCCGAGCACGAUGGUCUGGGCGCGCUCGUCCUCUCGCCCACCCGCGAACUCGCGAUUCAGAUCUUCGAGGUGCUUCGCAAAGUCGGUCGCUAUCAUACAUUCUCCGCGGGUCUGGUGAUUGGUGGAAAGAGUCUGCGCGAGGAACAGGAGAGACUGAGUCGGAUGAACAUCCUGGUCUGCACGCCUGGUCGCAUGCUUCAACACUUGGAUCAGACCUCUUUCUUCGACACGUUCAACCUGCAGAUGCUCGUGUUGGACGAGGCGGACCGUAUCCUGGACAUGGGUUUCCAGAAGAGUGUGGACGCCAUCAUCGGCCAUCUUCCCAAGGAGCGCCAGACGCUGCUUUUCAGUGCCACCCAGACUAAGAAGGUGUCUGACCUGGCUCGCCUGAGCUUGAAGGACCCCGAGUACGUGGCGGUCCACGAGGCGGCCUCUUCCGCGACCCCCUCCAAGCUCCAACAACACUACGUCGUUACGCCUCUUGCGCAGAAACUCGAUGUCCUGUGGAGUUUUAUCCGAAGCAACCUGAAGUCAAAGACGAUCGUUUUCCUGUCAUCGGGGAAACAGGUGCGGUUCGUCUACGAAACCUUCCGACACAUGCAGCCCGGUAUCCCGUUGAUGCACCUUCACGGUCGUCAGAAGCAGGGUGGACGACUCGACAUCACAACCCGGUUCUCUUCCGCUCAGCAUGCCGUUCUGUUUGCCACGGACGUGGCCGCGCGCGGUUUGGAUUUCCCGGCCGUCGACUGGGUUAUCCAGCUCGACUGCCCGGAAGAUGCUGAUACUUACAUUCACCGUGUGGGUCGGACAGCCAGAUACGAGCGCGAUGGCCGUGCGGUGCUUUUCCUCGACCCCAGCGAGGAGAAGGGCAUGCUCAAGGCGCUUGAGCAGAAGAAGGUUCAGGUGGAACGCAUCAACGUGAAGGCCAACAAGCAGCAGAGUGUCAAGGAUCAGCUGCAGAACAUGUGUUUCAAGGACCCCGAGCUGAAGUAUCUGGGGCAGAAGGCCUUCAUUUCCUACGUCAAAUCCAUCUACGUCCAGAAGGACAAGGAGAUUUUCAACAUCAAGGAGCUGAAACUGGAGGACCUGGCGGCCAGUUUCGGCCUUCCCGGUGCGCCCCGCAUUAAGUUCAUCAAGGGAGACGAUACCAAGGAGCGGAAGAACGCCGCACGGUCUACCGCCUACGCGUCUAGCGGCGACGAGGGAUCGGAUGACGAGGGUGAGAAGAAGGCCAAGGAGGAGCCUCAGGUGCGGACGAAGUACGACCGUAUGUUCGAGCGACGGAACCAGGGUGUCCUGGCAGACCAUUACCACAAACUCAUCAAUGACGACGGCACGAUUGUCGAGACCAAGGCCGCGGACGACGAAGACGAAGACGACGACUUCCUGUCCGUCAAGCGCCGCUUCGCUGCCGGCGACAAGGAUUUGGACGUGGCUGGAUCAAGCUCGGAAGACGAGGGAGGCGAACCCAAGAAGCCAACCAAGGUGGUGCACCUCGAUGGCAAGGACGCGCUGGUUAUCGACUCCAAGCGCCGCGAGAAGCUCCUGAAGUCGAAGAAGAAGCUCCUCAAAUUCAAGGGCUCCGGUACGAAACUGGUCUACGACGACGAGGGCAACGCCCACGAGCUGUACGAGAUGGAGGACGAAGACUCAUUCAAGGCCAAGGGCGAUGCCAAGGACCAACAGGCUCGCUUCCUGGAGGAGGAAACCGCGCGCACCCGCCAGGCCGAUCUGGAGGACAAGGAAGUCGACAAGCAGAAGCGCCGCGAGAAGAAGGAGAAGCGCAAGGCCCGCGAGCGCGAGCUCCUCCUCGCCGAAGAAGAAGGUGGCGAUCUGGUCCAGCUUCCUCGCUACGCCGGCGACGACAACGACGGUGGCUUCUCGCAGUCCGAGGCGGAGGAAGCCCCUCGUCCCAGCAAGAAAGCCAGAGUCUCGUUCUCGGACCAGACCAGCGACGACGAGCGCGAGCGCCAGCCCAAGAAAGCCAAGAAGGCUGCCACAGCUCCGGGACAGAUUCAAACCUUGGAGGAUCUGGAGUCGCUGGCUGCGGGCUUGCUGGAGUGAUUGUGAUGGUGAUGAUUGGAUUCGUGAUUCUGUAUUUGUCUUCUGGAUAUAUCCCUUUCUCCUUCUUGUUCGUCUUCUUUCUUUGUUCAUCAGCGGAGAGUGCCAAAAGUUCAUGAGAUUUCGGUAGGUAGCAUAGCCUUGUAAAUAGUGUAAUCAAUUGAUACUGUCGCC